AAUGUCAGGUCGAGAAGGUGGCAAGAAGAAACCUUUGAAAGCUCCCAAAAAAGAGUCUAAAGAUCUUGAUGACGAUGAUCUUGCAUUCAAGCAAAAGCAAAAGGAACAACAAAAAGCUUUAGCAGAAGCUGCAAAGAAGGCUGGUCAAAAAGGACCCCUGGUCACUGGAGGAAUCAAAAAGUCUGGCAAGAAAUAAAUAUACUUUUUAGUUUUUAUGUAAUAGAAAUUCAAUCUUGAAAAUAUACUACACUUAAUGAUAACAUUAAACGAAUAAAAGUUAAAUUAAUACUUAAGAUUA